AGCAUCGACUUCGAAAUUGUCAGUAUCGUUUCAGCGAACGAAGACAGAACACGCGAACGUCAUGCGUGUUCAUAUCGACCAGUUUAUUCUAGUUGUUUCAAUAUUUUUGUUCGAUAUAAGCUGCGGGCAAUAUGUUCCACCAACGCCGACCGUUGAACCACUUGCUCCGAGAGGACUGCGAAUUUCCAUUCCACACGAGGAUGGAAUCAGUUUGGUCGCCUAUCAUGUAAAAUUUAACGACGAUUUCUACAGUCUUGAAGCGGGGACCAUCGCCGUUGACAUCAUCAAACCGAGAAAUGGUCGCUGGGUUUACCAGGACCGCACCACCAAACUGAAAAUUGGGGAUAUCAUUUAUAUGUGGGUGCAUGUCGUGUACAAUGGUUUGGGUUACAAUUUACUUGACCAACAACACGAAGUUACAGAAUUUUAUAAUGCCAAUGGAACUAUAGCCGGUCCUGUACAACGUGUUGACGGCUCGUGCAAAGUUGCAUCUGAUACGAAGGUAUACACACGUGAUGGAGCAUCCCAGCAACUAAAGCGCAACAGUGCCUGCGCGGGUCAAUUAAUUUUCGAAGAGAACUUCGAUACGCUCGAUACAAAUCGUUGGAAGAUUAUUGAACGUUUCUCGGAGGCGCCGAACUUCGAAUUUGUCGUUUACAAAAACGACGAAGAAAAUGUUCACGUUCGAGAUGGUAAAUUGUAUAUUAAACCAACUCUCGUCAAAGAGAAAUACGGCUUGACGUUUGUGCAAGACGGGUCUUUGCGAUUGGAUAAAUGUACGGCAGAGAUUGGUAGCCUAGAUUGCUCACGAGUAGCAAAUGCCUGGAAUAUUUUGCCGCCUGUAAUUUCAGGGCGAUUGAAUACCAAACCAUCUUUCAACUUCAUGUAUGGAAAGGUCCAAGUUCGCGCUAAAUUACCGAGCGGCGAUUGGAUAUAUCCACUGAUCACUCUAGAGAAUGAUGUCUCAUCGAAUGAAUCAUCUUACUGUAGCUUCAUGAUUGCCCAUUCAUUUGGCAAUCCGUUACUCGUAACAACCGAGGGAAAAGAUAUAGGCAGUAAAUUUCUCCAGGCCGGUGCAUAUGUAACUAAUCUGGAAAAUAAUGAUCUGCAGGACAACCGAAUGGCUCUCCCGACGAAGGUGAUAGACUCGUCGUGGUCUAAUGACUAUCAUAUCUAUGAAAUUGAAUGGAAACGUGAACAUGUCAUUCUUAGAGUCGAUGAUAUAAAGUAUGGAGAACAGAGGGUGCCAUCAAUGUUCGAUGUUCCAGUUUACAUUAACGUGGGUGUGGGUGUUGGAGGACGCAGCCUUUUCCCUGACGGAUGCAGAAGUGGCAACUAUGUAAAACCGUGGAAAAACAAGGGCGUGAAGGCGCUGUACAACUUCUACAGCAGUGACAAUACGUGGCUGGCUAAUUGGGGACAAGUAGACAAAGGCUUGUCAAUAGACUACAUCAAAGUAUACGCGUUGUAGACAUCAUCCUCUAGUUCAUACGUAUCAAAUUUACUACGCAUACUCAUUUUGCAGAAAUAAAACACUGUUUCCUUUGUAAAAUUAUAAAA